AUGCAACGCCUCGAAUCUCGCCACGACAUCCUGUGGCCGAGACGCCGCGUUGUCACGGACGUCUUGCACCCGUUUGCACCCGCGACGAAGCAUGCUGCCGCGGCCUCAGCAACGGCCGCGGCUUCACUUUUGAUCGUCUCCUCGACACGCAUCGCCGAAGCACUUCGCAAAGCGCUGGGCGCUCGGCCGCGACCAUCUUGUUUCAGCCGCCAUGAGUCAGGGCCGAUAUUGGCACCGACCAUCACUGACACGGCGAGGAGCAACGUAACCGACGUCGAGGGAGCAAACAAGCACGCUGGCUUGAAAGAUCUGCACAGGAUGUUCGAGGCGCUGGAUUCGCUGCGGCUGGGGCCGCUGAUGUGUUUGGCCAGUUACUUCGAUGGAGCAGCUUGCCAGUAUGUCUGGGCAGACGAUGUUGGGGCUGACCAUGUGGCGGACCAGCGGGGAGCAAUGAGGCUGGCGUCCACACGGGCUCGAGAACGGGGGGGGCGCUGCGCCGCGACGGAGAUCAGGCCACUCCAGCGUAGCACCCAGCUGCCUGGGCCGAGCUGCGGAAAGCUGCUGGAGCGGUAUAGUAGCGGCACAAGUGCUUGCCCGAGGUCGAAAGGCGGUGUCGCCUCGUCCGUGCCGUGUGGCGUCAUCGCGCCCGUGAUCUGGAGCCUUUUCACGUGUGAUACGACAAGGGUGGUAGCGCUAGCCGCUAGACGAAUACCAUACGGUUACGGCAGCAUCCAAAUUUGCUGGUCGGUCGCUCUGUGCGGUCGGACGGGCAGUGAGGAGCGGCUGCACGUGGGCAAGCGCAGGCAGGCGACGUGA